AUGACACAUGAGUUUGCUGGUUUGUUUGCAGCUCAUGCGAUGGCCAAGAUAUCAGAUCCUGAGGAGAUGCGGCCUGCCUUUGAUGACGACAAGGAUGAGCUGACCCUAGAGCGUGAUACGGAGAUAGAGCAGCAAGGUCAUGCGGAGGAGCUGGCAGGGAGCAUGCAGAGAGCGGCAACAGAUGAAGAAAUUCAAGAGAAAGGAUAUGUUGAAGCUAUAUGCAGUACACUCACAAAUAAGACACUUGAUCUUGCAAUUAAUGGUAGUGGAUAUUUAAAUGAUGGGAACCGCUUUACAGGGUAUCCAAUAAUAGGAUUCAAUAACAACAUGCAAACAUCUGGCGGAUGCCAAGCAGGAAGAUACUCUAAGGCUUGCACUCCCACAUCAAUUUUAGAUAAAAAUGAGACAGUUUGUUCAUGGGAUCGACGAAUAUACACUACCUUAUACUUUGGUUCAGAAUUGAGAGUUCCUAUAUCUUCUUUACCUAAAGUAAUCAAGGAUGUGAAGAGUAUUAGGAAUUUGAAUCCUCAAAAAUUAUCUGACAUGACUGGAAUAUUUAUGCGUUCUAUUAAGAAAUCUGAGACAUAUUUGGGACCUAACGAGGAUCUAGUGACCCUAGACAUGAUGAAUUAUAGGUCAAGAGAAGUUGGUACACCCAAGUGGAAUGAAGAUGUGUAUGAAGAGAUUGAACAAAUGGUUAUUGAGAAGCAUGGUGGUAUGUUACAUUGGGGUAAAUCGGGGGGUUACUUGUUUCAAGGACUAACUAAAAGGGCAAAUAAUUUUAAAAAGUUCUUGGAGGUGAAGAAGAAAUUUGAUUCAUCUAGGACAUUUUCUAAUGAAUGGACAGAUGGUUUGUUUGGGAUUGGAGGAGGAAGUCUAGAAGUUUUUAGAGAUGGGUGUGCAUUGGACAAGCUUUGCAAGUGUAGAGAGGAUAGACAUUGUGCUCCGAAAAAAGGAUACUUUUGCAAACCAGGUAAAGUUUGGAAGAAGGCACGUGUUUGCACAAAAAAUUAA